AUGAUUACCUCAUCGUCCUCAGCCACGUGGAUUGUUCAUUGGAGUCUCUUUCGCCACUUUUGAAUUUCUUGUGUUGGGGGGCUCUGCUACAAGGGUUUGUUCAUCUUGUCCCCAAUUUCUUUUGAUUUUGGGCUCAUUGGAACAAACGGUCCGGGUUUUCUUUACCCAUUCUAAACUUGACACUCGUCUUGUCGUGUUUCUGCAUUUGUCAGGAUACAUAAACACAUUUAGACAGUGUCAUUGUUUUUUCUCACCUUGUUCCGUCGGCACCCCGCAAUCCUUUCUCUUUAUUCACCUCAUCCACACUUUACCGUGUGCUUUUAUAUCCAACCUCUCGCUCCUCCGUACUUGCAAAAUCAAACCUUUAAAAUGUCGUCCUUUUGAACAAUGUCCAUCCACCCAGACCUCCCAAUGAAGCGCUCCUACUCGCAUCAAACAACGGUGGCAUCCCUCCUAUCCUUCCUGGGGUUUUCGCACGCGGAUUCCGUGUCAACGUUUCCACCAUGCGGGUUAGAGCGCCAUGAAGACGACGAGAAUAGUAUUGGGAGGCGAAAACGGCGACGAGGGGUGGGUGAGCGUUUACGACAUGUCGUUGGGAAAUUCAUGCGGUCCCGACAAGAUGAUGAUGCUGUCCUGUGCGAUACCAUCCCAACGGAUCCCGACCCAAAACACGAUCCACUGUCCACCAUCUCCUCUGAUCAACUCACUGCCCGUGAAUUCGCUUCCUUGGCGCACAUCAAAGUCCUCGUCAUGUCCGACACGGAAGAAGAAGAUUUAACCACGUUUUCGAGUUCAGCUCUGUCACUUUCGACUCCCACCACCACGAUUCUGGAUCCAACCUUUUUUCAUCCACCUACGCUUCACACGGAACACCGCACUGCUAUUACCAAAGUCGGACGGUUUACGGUUAUUGUUGAAUCCAAUAGUCCGUCACAACCCCCCAUGCGCACAUCGAAUGAAUCGCGGAAUAGUACCAGCGGGCCUUCGAGGGAUGUUAUGGAAGAGUUUCCGGAAUUGAGGAGGUUUAGAGCUCAGUCCCAACCUCAAGCUGUUUCUUAAAGUUUUUUUUAUGACCUUGAGAUAUGAAAGAUGGGAUUACGAUUCUGUGUUCUUUUUGUUGUUCUUUUUAUGCGAUACCCCACCGCGUUCCCAACCUUUAUAGUACCUCAUAGAACAAACUCGUAGAGUUUGUUGGGUUAUUUCCUGCUUCCAAACAUUCUUUUAUUGCUGUUUUCUUUUGUAUUUUAUAUGGAACCUGGCUAGUAUUUUUCAGUCUUUUUCUGAUAUAUACAUUUUUUUUCUCUUGCGUUUUGCGUUAACGUUGAUUCGUUAUUUUUUCUGGGGUGUGUGUGUUGGGUGUUGGGUGGGAUUGUAGAGCGUGGGAGGGUAUAUCGGAUGGUGGAUGGUAGAGAUGAAAGACAAGGGGACAUUCAGAAGGUCGUUCAAAGCAACUUGUUUCUUUGAGAUUUGUAGGCAAAAUGAUAUCCAAGUGAUUUUCAUAUUGAUAUUCUGUG